AUGGCCUUGCCAAAGAGAAUCGUGAAGGAGACAGAACGCCUCCUGGCGGAACCAGUCCCCGGUAUCACUGCCGUACCUCACGAAGACAACCUGCGCUAUUUCGAUGUUACAAUCCACGGUCCAGCGGCGUCGCCAUACGAAGGUGGAAUAUUCCGCCUCGAGUUAUUCUUGCCUGAGGACUACCCGAUGACUCCUCCCAAGAUCCGAUUCCUGACCAAAAUCUACCACCCCAACAUUGAUCGUCUUGGGCGAAUCUGCCUGGAUGUUUUGAAGAGUAACUGGUCUCCGGCUCUCCAAAUCCGUACCAUUCUGCUAUCAAUCCAGAUUUUGUUGGGUGCCCCGAAUCCCGACGACCCCCUUGCAAACGAUGUUGCCCAGCGAUGGAAAGAGGACGAAGCCGCGGCUAUUAAAACCGCAAAGGAAUGGACCAUUACCCACGCGAUGACUUAG